AUGCAGCGAAUGAUUCGACAGUUUGCUGCUGAAUAUACCUCAAAAAACAGCUCUACUCAGGACUCCAGCCAGCCCAACAGCACAAAGAACCAAAGCUUGCCGAAAUCGCCGUCGGGACAAAGUUCUCCGCCCCCUGCGACUACUCAGAACCCUGUGCUUAGCAAGCUUCUGAUGGCUGACCAAGAUUCUCCAUUAGACCUCACCGUCAAGAAGACCCAGUCAGAAGAACCCUGUGAGCAAGACGGAGUGCUGGAUCUGUCCACUAAGAAAAGUCCAUGUUCCGGUAGCACACACUCAAGCAUUUCUCCAAGUACCUCAAACGCUAUAGGGAAUGGGCGACCUGGGAGACCCAGCCAGCACCGUCCAGAUGGACUUCCACGCAGUGGUGAUGGGGUGCCCCCAAGAAGUUCGCUGGAUGCAACCAGGGAAACUUAUGGCCACUCCACGCCCCUAAAAGUGCCGUUGGCCCGCUCCUUGCAGAUUAGCGAGGAACUGCAGAACCGAAAGCAGUUUUCUUCGUCCGGCGGCCACGGUUCACCGGGACUGCAGAACCAAGGACAGCAUUAUAUCCUCUCCAGGGAAGCGUCCUGGGCGAAGUCGCACUACGAAUUAAAUUUUGGCCGCAUGAAAUAUAGGGGCAACGGGGCGCUCAGCAACAUCAGUGACCUGCCUUUUCUCACAGAAAAUUCGAACGCCUUUCCCAAAAACCUCCCCACCAAACACGAAAUCAAAAAGGAAACGGGAAUUUCCUCUCCGGUCGAUUUAAAAAUCCCGCAGGUGCGCGGCAUGGACCUGUCGUGGGAGUCCCGCGCCGGGGACCUGUACAAUUACAACUCUUUGGUCCUGGGUUCACAAACCGAGAGCGCGCUCAGCAAAAAACUAAGGACUAUCCUCCCAAAGCAAAACCGGAGAAACGCCGCGUUGGAUUCCAGCGCCGCCGCCGACUCCUGGAGCUCGGACGUCGAGCAGUCUACCUCCGGGCAGCCCUACCCAACGUCGGACCAAGAAGGGGACCCGGGCUCCAAGCAGCCGAGGAAAAAAAGAGGGCGCUACAGGCAGUACAACAGCGAGAUCUUGGAGGAAGCCAUCGCCGUGGUGAUGAACGGCAAAAUGAGCGUUUCCAAAGCGCAGAGCAUUUACGGGAUCCCGCACAGCACGCUGGAGUACAAAGUCAAGGAGAGGCUAGGCACGCUAAAAAACCCUCCAAAGAAAAAAAUGAAACUCAUGAGGCUGGAGGAACCGGACGCGGCGGGAAAAAGCGAACCGGAACCUCAGGAGGAGGCCGAGGCGUCCCCAAGUGCAAACGAUUCAAAAGACGACUAG